AUGGCUAAUUUUCGAAUCAGAGAAGCUAAAAGAGAGGAUUGUGCAGAAAUAUUGGGCCUUAUCAAGGAAUUGGCUGAAUAUGAGAAAAUGCCGGAUUCUGUCCAAAUGACUGUUGAAGUGUUACAGCGAGAUGGUUUUGGGGAGAAACCCCUGUACAGUUCGCUGGUGGCAGAGGAGCUCGACAAAGAUGGGGCAACAAUUCCCGGCAAACUACUGGCCUAUGCGUUAUAUUACGAUAUCUACAGUACCUGGGAGGGGCGAUGUAUCUACCUAGAGGACCUCUGUGUCACCCCCGACCAUAGAAAUAAGGGUAUUGGUAGCGCCCUUUUUAAACGCGUUGCCCAGAUCUGCGUGGAAGAAGGGUGUAAAAGACUGCAGUGGGCUGUUUUAGCGUGGAACUCAGAAGCCAUCAAAUUCUAUAAAAAGUUCGGCGGGAUCAACAUGACGGACAAGGAAGAAUGGAACGUGUACAGAAUCGAAAGAGAGGCUAUGAAUAAAAUUGUACAAUAA